AUGAGCUGCGCCGCGCUGCUGGGGCUGCGGGGGCCGCGGCUCCUGGGGGCCGCCGCCCACCCGCCCCGCUGGAGCCGCCGGCGCAGCGCGGGCUGCGAGCCCCCGGCGGGCGCCGCCGUGCGCAUCGGCUGCGCCUCGGGCUUCUGGGGCGACACGGCGGCCGCAGUGCCGCAGCUGCUGUACGGAGGGAAGCUGGAUUUCCUCGUCUUCGAUUACCUGUCCGAGAUCACCAUGUCGCUGCUGACGGCCGCCAGGGCCCGGUCUCCCGUUUUAGGUUACACUCCGGAUUUUGUCACCACUGCCAUGGCUCCGUAUAUAAAAGAUAUUCACAGGAAAGGUGUUCGUGUCAUCAGUAAUGCUGGUGGAAUUAAUCCACUUGCUUGUGCAGCUGCCCUUCAGGAUGUGGCAAAGAAAGCAGAUGUUGAUUUGAAAAUAGCUGUUGUUGCUGGAGAUGAUCUAAUGAGUGAGAAAGAGAACUUAAAAGGAGCUGGUAUCACUGAUUUAGAGAGUGGCAAACCAUUUCCAGAGAAUAUUCACAGCAUGAAUGUAUAUCUUGGUGCAAGACCAAUCAGCAGGGCUCUAGACCUUGGAGCUGAUAUUGUUGUGACGGGUAGAUGUGUUGACAGUGGGAUUGUAUUAGGACCACUCAUUCAUUCUUUUGGCUGGAAUAGGGAUGAAUACGACUUGCUAGCUGCAGGAAGUCUUGCAGGUCAUCUCAUUGAAUGUGGUGCUCAGUGUACAGGUGGAAUAUUCACUGAUUGGCACACAGUACCCGACUGGCACAACAUAGGCUUUCCCGUUGUAGAAUGUUCCUCUGAAGGAGACUUUAUUCUUUCCAAACCACCAGACACAGGGGGACUAAUCUCUUUUGGCACUGUAGCUGAACAGUUGGUGUAUGAAUUGGGAAAUCCUCAGCGCUAUCUUUUACCAGAUGUUACAUGUGACUUUUCCCAAGUUUCAAUCACUGAAAUUCCAGGUUUUGAUGGUGGAGCAGUGAAAGUUUGUGGAGCAAAAGGAUCGCCUCCGUCAACAUUUUAUAAGGUAAAUGCCACUUAUCUUGAUGGCUUCAGAGCUACUGCUGUCUGUCCAGUGGGAGGUCCAAAGGCAGUACAAAAAGGAAAACGCACUGCAGAAGGUAUUCUGCAAAGGACUCGUCUUAUUUUCAGUCAGCUCGGUUAUGAAGAUUACAGUGCAGUUAACAUACAGGUUUUAGGGUCUGAAGAUACAUAUGGACCUCAUGCUAGAAGGAGUAUAGAUGGCGGUCCUCGGGAAGCUGUUAUUUGGCUUGCUGUACACCAUAAACAAAAAGAAGCUGUAGAAAUCUUCUCUAGAGAGAUUGCACCAGCUGGAACUGGCAUGGCACCUGGCCUCACUGGAAUUGUUGGAGGGCGCCCCAAAGUGUCUCCAGUUUUGAAGCCAUUUUUCUUCUAUUAUCCCAAAACAAAUGUUCAGAUCGACCUUUUUUUAAAUGGGCAGCAUGUUGAGAUAUUUGAGGAGGAUCUCACAUUCACAUCAGAUGAAGUGGUUCCAUUUGAUCCACCGAAGAUUAGCAGUGAAUUGAAAGAUCUGCCAAGUGGUCCACAUACUUAUCGCUUAGAAGAUCUUGCCUAUACGAGAAGUGGAGACAAAGGCAAUUCUGCAAACAUAGGUGUGAUAGCACGGCAUCCCCUCUACUAUCCAUACCUAAAGAAAACUUUAACAGCUCAAGCCCUGGAGAAUUACUUUCAACACCUUUUAGAGCGUGAAAAACCAGAACAACAACUGGUAACAAGAUAUGAGUUGCCAGGAAUCCAUGGAUUAAAUUUUGUUCUGAAGAAUUCCCUUGGUGGUGGUGGUAUAGCAUCCCUAAGAAGUGACCCACAGGGUAAAGCACUUGGACAGAUGCUGUUGGAUUUCCAGAUUAAAAAUGUUCCUGAUUUAAAAUCACUGAUAGAGUAACAGGUGUUUAAUAUAUAUGCUUUUAACACUGAGUGGUAUAAAAACAUUAUAAACAAGAACUGGCUUCUUGAGUGAGAUUUUUUUUUAAAGUCAAAGAGUAAAAAUUUGUGACAGUUAUCUCUCAGAGGCUUAGCUAUAUGGCACAGAUUAGCAUAUGUUUUGAGUAAUACCAGACUAAUAGCUUUGUCUGUGACUGAUAACAUUUCCUAUCUAGAAUACAUUGGAUGAAGAAUUAAUUUAUUUCCUGAAAAACAGAAUUAAUCAAAUUGCAACAUAACAUUUAAUUAUAAGACAAGAUAAUCUUUAUCCCAGGAUGAAAAUUACGUCCUGCUCAGUCCAUCUCUCUUUUCCUUUUCUCAGUCUUCAUUUGAAAAUUGAAUGGACUACUGUCCUGUCAGCUGUGUUUGUCCUGUGCAUAGAGUGAGGCUGGGUAACCUACUGUGCAUUGCUGUGAACUCAGCACUGUCUGGUACUGGAGAACAACUUUCUCUAUUAGGCAAUAAAGAAAAGUAAUAAUUGGUACUGUUAUACAGUGACUGGUUGUAAAUGCUGACCUUUGGAGGUGAUCCACCAAAGUUCCAGCACUUUGUCUGAUUAAUGACAGACUUCAUUAUUACAUUUUCCAAUAUCUCUUACUAAUCAGUCCCUCGGUUGAAAGCACUGACUUUGAAAUCACAGAUCUUGGCGUGGUAAUAAAUUUGAACGUGAGGAAAGGGGAGUCUGCCUGCUCGCUCCUCCUUGGGAUGGUGCAGUCCUGGUAGGGAGCAAGGGGGGCUGGAUGGUGCAGUCCUGACAGGGUGGAAGGGGGGGACAGGGGGUGGAGGGAUACCUGGUUUUGUUUCAGGGCUGUUAAGUCCUCCUUUUGUGCAGCAGUCAUGCCUGGAUUAAGUUCACUUGACUGUUGUUUGCGUUGCCCUUCACACAGAAAAGUCUAUAUUCUGCUGUGAAAGGAAUACCAUAUUCAAUGCAGUGUACUCUGUCUCUCUUCUGACUCCCAGUUAUCACCUUCCCAUCUUCCUGCACAAUACGACUAGCAUAUUCAAAUUAGGAUACUUCUAAACUUCUUCACCUGAUUUAGAAGAGACUCAAAAAUCUGUUAUAUACUUCUGGGACAAUAUCAAGGUGGAAGUUCUGAUAACUGUAUUUUCUCUGCUGAAGCCAUAAAAACAUUACUCUGCAUGUUCGGCCAUUUUAUAAUCAGAAAUUAAUCUUUCUGCUUUUUGGGGGGAAAUUGUAUUGUUUAGUGGUAACAACUAAUACCAGACAAAACUAUAAAAGUAAGUAUUUUCUUAAUUGUCACCUAAACUAUCUGUUAGUUGUUCCUAAAGCUCCAUCUGUGCUAUUACUGUUACUGAUUUCCUAGCCUCCUGCUUGCUAAGGAGGACUAGGCAAUGGGUCAUUCCCACCUUUUCUGUAGUUUUGUUCAUUUGAGUUGAAGGUAUCUUAAGUGAAUGCUUUAUUCAUCUAAACACAUUAUCCUCUGAGCGAGUCAUAAGUACUAUCCAUGUUUACAGCGUGAUUCAGUCAGGUUGUAAAAAAUGAGUCAUUACUUCAUUGCAGAAAAAUAUCCAAGUUAAUAACUUCAAAGGGAAAAUGGCAUGCAGGUUUUAUUAUGUUUACAGUCACUGUUUGUUAGAAAACUCCUGUUAAUAAUUUGGAAGCCUAUUAAGAGGAAAUUAAAACAAAAGUGAUAGGCCUCAGUAACAAACCUACAAGGAUAAAAACGCUACAGUAAUUAUUCACUCAAUAUGCUGCUUAAGUGACUGUGGAAAUGUGUAUGCAAUAAGUUUCUGAAUAAAAGUGAAUAUUUAUAAAGUA